AUGGGGUGGACUCUGCUUUUACUAUGGGUAUUUCUGGGGGGUGCAAUUGCCAACAUCCCACACUAUCAGCUGAAAAGUGCUACCAAGAUUCCGCCCGAAUGGACUAGGCAUAGGCGAGCUCACCCGGACGAGAUGGUUGAUGUAUCAAUUGGGCUCGUCCAGAAUCGAUUGCCUGAGCUCGAAGAGAGGCUCCUACAAGUCUCUGACCCUUCUCAUCCGGAUUAUGGAAGACAUCUCUCAGCCCAAGAAGUCCAGCACCUCAUACGGCCUGCGCCAGAGUCGAUUCUCAAGAUCCAAGCCUGGCUGGAUGAACUAGAACCCCUUAGAGGGGCCAACAUCACAAUAUCGCAUGCGGGUGACUGGCUAGAUCUUGCUAUGCCUGUCUCGUGUCUUGAGCGGCUACUCAAAAACGAAUACUGGGUCUUCGAGCAGCCGGUGUCUGGGAUUCGAGCGAUUCGCUCACACGAAUGGUCUCUACCUGCUGACUUGAUGGAUGUGGUCGAUGUGAUUACACCGACCAACGUUUUUAUUCACCCGACCGUCCAAUUUCGAUUGGGCGCACCUCCAGCCUGGGAAGAGGAAGGUCAUCUGCCGACGUAUCAAGACCUCAUCGAUGAAGAUCUAUUGGAUCGCGGCAAACUGGAGAUUCCGACCCAGGAGGAACUAUCCGCGAAUCCCACAGUGAAAGAGGCCUGCAAUCGCCUGGCCAUUUCGCCCCUCUGCCUUCGGGUCCUUUACGGGACAUGGGGAUACGAGCCUCAAGCUCCCGAUCGCAACGCAGUUGGCAUCGUCAAUUUCCUCGGCGAGGUGGCCAACCGGUCAGACAUCGCUCUCUAUCUAGAUCGAUAUCGUCCGGACGCGGCCGCAGCACAUGCCGAAACUUCCUUCGCAGUGGAGAUCGUCAACGGUGGGGAUGACCAACAAACGCCCAAUACCCAAGAGCAGAUGAAAGCGAAGAAAGGUUACGAAGGUGCGUUAGAUGCCCAAACUGUCCUAGGGAUCAGCUGGCCCACAUCCCUGAUUACAUAUAAUGUCGGGGGCGACCCCCCUUUCCACCCACUCAAAGUCCACGCCGAGAACACCAAUGAACCCUACCUCACGUGGCUGCGGUACAUGCGGACAGUGGAGCAUCUGCCAUCCGUCAUCUCUAUCUCCUACGCCGAGGAUGAGAAGACCGUCCCGCCUGAGUACGCUCGGCGGGUGUGUGCGGAAUUCGCCCAACUAGGCGCGCGAGGGGUGUCCAUUCUGGUCGCCAGUGGCGAUUAUGGAGUUGGACGCAACAAGCAAUGUCUCGACAUCGACGAGAAGAACAGACGCUUUAUGCCUAGCUUUCCUGCUAGCUGCCCUUAUGUCACGGCUGUGGGAGCCACGCGGUUCCUCGAACCGGAAAUGGUGGCUUUCGAUGCUCGGAGCAGUUACGCGAGUGGCGGUGGUUUCAGCGACGUGUUUGCUCGGCCAAAUUACCAGCAGGUCGCUGUGGACACAUAUCUGCAACAGUUAGAUCGCCGGGGGCAACAAGCAGGUGAGGGGAAUUUUGAUUAUACAGGCUUGUUCAAUCGUCACGGGAGGGCAUACCCCGAUAUCGCAGCCAUGGGGUACCAUUUCUCCGUCAUGUGGAAUGGCACUGCCCACCUCCAGGACGGGACAAGCGCGUCAACGCCCACCGUCGCGUCCAUCAUCGGUCUGGUCAACGAUGCAUUGGUUGAUGCGCACCGAUCACCGCUAGGAUUCCUGAAUCCUUGGCUCUACUCUUCGGGAUAUGAGGGAUUCAGGGAUGUUAGUCAUGGAUCAAAUCUUGGGUGUAAUACCUCGGGAUUUCCGGCUACAAAAGGGUGGGAUCCUGCUACGAGACUAGGAACACCGUUCCCAACAAUGACGAGCUCCUACGACGAAGAACAACAACCUGGGUCCGAAGAUGUCAUCAACCCCAUGUUCUCUGAAGAAGCAGAAGAACCUGCACCAUGGACCGACAAGUUUGCUCCUUUCCCCGAAAUGCUGGAUCACAGUAAGGAAACUAGAACAGCCCUCGUGACAUUCCGUGCGGUCCUCAUUGGAGCAAUUUGUGGGAUCCUAGUCAACGGAUCAAAUAUUUAUCUAGGACUGAAAACUGGAUGGACCUCAUCAGGAAUCUCCUUGGGCAUAUUGCAGUCCGUUGUGGGUUUCACCGUCCUGAAAAGAUGGCAAACCCACAAUCACCCGUUCGGUCCGCACGAGAAUAACAUUGUCCAAACUAUCGCAACUUCCUUGGCGGGUAUGUCAAAUGUGUUCAUAUCGGCUAUCCCAGUGACGUAUCAAUUGGGCUUGCUGAGUACUCCGUCGAAGGAUUUCGUGCGCAAUGUGCUGUUAACCGCCGCCGGGGGAUAUUUUGGGUUGUUGUCGGUUGCCCCUUUGAGAAAAUUCUUUAUUGAAAAGAAAUCGGCGCGAGAUCUCAACCUAAUCUUCCCAUCCUCGACUGUGACGGCGCUGACAAUCCGGAACAUGCAUUCCGCAACUGACCAUGCAGCUACAGCCGUACAACAGAUGAGAGUGACUCUGUGGGCAUUUUGUGGUGCAGCGGGGUUGAGAGAUCUGUUCGCCGUUAGCUGUAGGGUUGGUAUGGCUGGCUACAUGCAAUGGGACUAUUUGCAAACCUUGCAAUUGCGGCGGAAAGCUGGGGCUGGUUCUGGAAUGGACUCCUGCUAUGAUCGGAUCUGGCUCGGUUCUGGCAUGGUGAGCCCGAUCUUCGAUAUUAAAUACUCCGUUGCCAUUGUCUCAUGUCUUUAUAGGGCAAUCACCGGGCCAUAUAUUGUGUCGCAAGAGAUGGCAUUUGGCUCACCCGUCUCAUCAGAACCGUACUGGUCCGGCUUGAUGUCCUACACCUCUAUGUCGUCUCAAUAUGCAAACUCGGAACACCCCAGCCCACGAUAUUGGCUGCUCUGGCCAGGAGUGACAUGUAUGCUGACAGUAGCAUUGACCGAAUUGCUAUGUCAGUGGUGUACUAUGUUCCAAAGGAGUCAUGUUUCUAUGUUGCGGCUGCUGAAGCGUAUCUGGAGCCGCAAAUUUUACGUUCCUGUACCAAGUGAGGAGGGCAAGGACGACGAAAAAAACCCCGACCAAAUUGCUAGCUGGAUGUGGGCACCUGGGCUUCUGGUUGCAGUCGUGAUCACCAUCAUGAGCAUGCAACUCGCAUUUGACAUCUCGCCGAUAAGAACCAUUAUCGUGCUGGGGUUAGCGUUUUUCCUCUCUCUUGUUGCCAUACAGGCGACUGGUGCCACCGAUACCACACCUUUAACCGCAGUCGCAACUGUUUCGCAAAUUGUCCUCAGUGCGACCCACGGUGCCGUCAGCGGUGAUGUGUCUCUCUACCAACGACCGAAUCUACUAGGUGGUGCAUUAGCCAACAUCGGUGCCAACCAAGCCUGUGACCUAAUGGGUGACUUUCGCGUGGGCUAUCUUCUGCAAACCCCACCACGGCUCCAAUACAUUGCUCAACUCAUCGGAACACUAUUCGCCACAAUUGUCGCGCCGGUCAUCUUCAAACUCUUCACUACCGCUUACCCAUGUAUCAUUGCCGAGGGCGCAAAUGGUAACAGUACCGAUGCUGCCGCCGCUCAAGGCCGCCGCUGUGAAUUCAGCGGACCCUCCAUCGCGACAUGGCGCGUGGUGGCUGUCGCAACAACCUCUGGGGCCUCUGGGCAGUCGGCCAUUCCAGAAGCGAGCGGGCGAUUCGCUGUGCUGUUCGCAGCCGUCGGCGUGAUGAUUGUGUUACUGCGGAAUAUGCUAAGGACUUUCCCAGCUAAGGUAUAUUUGCCUAACAUGAUGAUCAUGGGGUUGGCUUUUACGAUGCCUUCGCCGCCGUAUGGAAUUGCGAUGUUGAUGGGGGCACUGGGGGCACGCAUGUGGAAGUGGAGGGAGGAGAGGACGUUUGAGACGUAUUCAUCAUCAGUGGCAGCGGGGUUAGUGGCUGGGGAGGGGAUUGGGGGUAUAGUGAAUGGAGUUCUGACGAUUGCGGUGGGCUGGGGAGGAGAUGGCUGGGGUACUGGUUUGGGAUGUCCCAGUGGACGGUGUUAG